AUGGCCACUCCUCCAAUUUCAUACACAAGAUUGAGACAAAUCGCAAGUGAUGCCUGUCAAAAUGCACUUGGAAGUGCAGAGUUCUAUGAACACAGCAAGACCGAAUCUUGGAAUACUACCAUCAUUAACUCGAUUCUUAAAUCUCUCAUCUCCGAAUCUACACCUUCAACUGGCGGUUCCCCAUCUUUCAAAUACGCAGUCAAUUCCACCAUCAUUCAACAUCUAGUACCUACCUCUUCACUCAACAAAUCCAAAGCAUCACCUCCAACAACCACAGAAGACACAACAGACGAUGCGAAAGUAACAACAAGUGAUGCACAAGGAGAUGCAAAGAGUACAGAUGGUAAACCUCACGUAGGAAGGAGGGGAAUGCACAGUGCGACGGGAGCUUAUUGGAACGAGAAGACGGAUGGCAUGUGGAGUUUUAAGUAUGAGGGUGGUGAGAAUAAGGGUCUGGAUGUGGUUAUCAGUGUUAUUUGGAUUGCGUUGUAG